AUGUCCUCUUCACCUGAUUGGUACGCGCCGCUGUCAUCGGGCGGGCAGCAUGAUGGCGCACACCGCAAGCGCUCCCAGUUCACAUAUCGCCACCUGUCCCAAAUGGCGAGCUACGUCACGUCCAGCCCGCUGCGUGUCAUUGCGCACGUUGAUUUGGAUGCGUUUUAUGCGCAGUGCGAGAUGGUUCGACUGGGGCUGCCAGAUGACCAGCCACUGGCAGUUCAACAGUGGCAGUCUCUGAUUGCCAUCAACUACCCAGCUCGUAAGAGUGGGAUUGGUGGGCGUCUCGGCUCCGUUUUAGACGCUAAGAAGGUGUGUCCGGAUCUCAUCGCGCAGCAUGUCGCGACGUGGCGCGAGGGUGACGACAAGUGGGCGUAUCGCGCCGAUGCUGCUGCCAACAUGACCACGGACAAGGUAUCCCUCGACCCGUACCGUCUUGAGUCGCGCAGAAUCCUGGCACUCGUUCGCGCCCACCUCCCGCAGAACCUUCAACGCGUGGAAAAGGCAAGUGUCGACGAAGUCUUUCUGGACUUGUCUGCCCAGGUGCACUCUAUUCUCCUCGAGCGGUUUACGGAACUGCAGCAGCCCCCGCCCUACAAUGACCCAACAGAGCGGCUACCGUUGCCCUCUGUUUCUGCGCUGGACUGGCAGGCGGAUGCGCUAGUCGACUUGGACGAGGAGCGCGAGGGUGAGGAUCCAGACUGGGACGAUGUAGCAAUUCUGGUCGGCUCAGAAAUUGUGCGCGGGUUGAGGACCGAGAUUCGUGAGCGGUUGCGAUAUACCUGCUCAGCAGGUGUGGCCUGCAACAAGCUGCUAAGCAAACUCGGCUCCGGCUACAAAAAGCCCAAUCACCAGACGGUGGUGCGUAAUAGGGCAGUGGGCAUAUUCUUGCACGAGUUCAAGCUGACCAAGAUUCGUAAUCUGGGCGGUAAGCUUGGCGAGCAAGUGGUAAGCCUCUUUGGGACAGAGCAAGUCAAGGAUCUGUUACCCGUGCCAAUUGAGCAGCUCAAGGCCAAGCUGGGCGAGGAGACUGGCAUAUGGUUAUAUAACACCAUACGUGGCGUCGAUACGAGUGAAGUCAACCCGAGAACUCAAAUCAAGUCUAUGCUAUCUGCCAAGUCAUUCAGACCACACAUUGAUACACCAGAGCAGGCUAUCAAAUGGCUUCGCAUCUUUGUGGGAGACAUCUUCAACAGGCUUGUGGAGGAAGGCGUGCUGGAGAACAAGCGUCGACCAAAGACGAUACACCUGAGUGCUCGUCAUAUGGCGCAGACGCGGAGUCGGCAGAUACCCAUACCUCAAGGCCGGCCGAUUGACGAAACCAUGCUCAUAGGCUUGGCCAAGGACUUGCUCUCGCAGAUCCUAGGCGACCGUAGCAUAUGGCCAUGCAACAACCUCAGCCUCACCGUGGGUGGAUUUGAAGAUGGCAUAAAGAACAACAUGGGCAUCGGAGCAUUCUUGGUCAAGGGUGAUGCAGCUAUGUCCCUCAAAGCUGACGACCAUGGAAACAGCGCAUCUGCAUCCUCAGAAAGACCGCAUAAACGAGCUCGUGCAGACGAGGCGGGUAUACAGCGAUUCUUUGUCCUCGACCAUACGGAAAGGACGCCUGGUGCGGAGGCGGAUGCUACAACGGCCCAUGUCCGGGGAAGAGACGGCGACUGCGUGGAGAAUAACCAUGGCCAUCACAAAUCAGAUGCAGAUGCGGCUGCAGAGGCCGAAGCCGAAGCAGGGAUACAUAUUCAUCAACCGGGCGAGCCCCAGCGAGCGGGCUGGUGGUGCGGUCGCUGUAACGCCUCCUUCGAUAUGCCGGAGGCACUACAAAGCCACAUGGACUGGCAUAUGGCUAAGGACAUACAAGAAGAAGAACGUGUCACGUCAACAUUCGCCGAGGGAUCACGGAGUGCAAAACCGGUGCGUGGCACAAGCAACAAGGGGCCCGGCGGGUCGUCCACCUCGCGACGCGGAGGGCGCGGAGGCGGAAGCAGCAGGCUUGAACAGGGCCAAAGUAAGCUAAAGUUUGGGUAA